AUGUUCAAGCAGUACUCCCACAUUCUGUCCCACAAGAGGCGACGCAGCAGGGGAAGCACCAUCAGCCAAGUCCUGUCCGCCGCGCAGUCCGAACCUGCGUCGGAAACCCCUACGGCCAACGAGCCCGUCGAGGUCUGGGGGUAUUCGCAGGUGCUUCCUGAGGAUGAGGAGUACCUGAAGGACUGCUUCACUACCCUGACCCCUCGCAUUCACAAAUACGACCAUGUCGCUCAGCGCGGGAGCGACCGCUUUGUGCAAGACCUGACGGCCGCCCUCAACACCGACGAGCCCCAGACCAGCUACCUCUCCUCCCCUGUCGGCAACUACGCCAGCUUCCUCUAUCCCGAAUGUCUGCCCGAGCGUCUCGAGACCGUGGCCUACCUGACCGAACUCGGCAGCCUGCAUGAUGGCAAAGAGACGGCGCAGAAGCCCGACGAGCCGGUCGAAUCCCCUCGAGUCGAAGCCCGGAAGAAACUCCUCGAGAAGGCCAUGUCCGAGUUGUCGGAGAAGGACAAGGACGGCCACGAGAUCAUCGACUGCUACCGCAGCAACUGGCUGGUCACCCCGGAGGUUCCCACGGCCGAGAACUGCGCCAACCUCGACGACUAUGUCGCCCGGAGACGCCUCAAUGCGGGCAUUGACGUCUACUGGACCCUCAUGGGCUUCGCGCACGGCACUCGCCUCGGCAAGGAGGACCAGGCGGUCGUACGCGACGCGCUGGAUGCCGCCGAGCGCACCAUGUUCUUCACCAACGACUACUACAGCUGGCCCAAGGAGAAGCGCGUCUCCAAGAAGCGCCCCGUCGCCAACGUCAUCCUCUUCCUCAUGGAGCACCAGAACAUGUCCGAGGAUGACGCCAAGGCCAAGGCCAAGCAGCUGAUCAUCGACAACGAGCACGAGUUCGUCCGCCGUCGCGACGCCCUCUACCAGGCCAACCCCGACCUGGCCCCGCAGCUCCGCAAGUGGAUGGAAGUCCUGGGUUCCUCCCUGGCGGGCAUCCACUACUGGUGCAAGAACGCCCCUCGCUAUGCCAUCCCCGACACCGCCGAGGAGAGCGAAGAGGAGUCGUCCGAGGAAGACGGCUCCGACGAGGAAGAGUCCUCCGAGGCCGAUGAUACCGACGAUGAAGAUGACGAGGAUGACGACGAGGAAGAGGAGGAAGAAGAAGAGGCCGAAGAAGUCCAGCAGCCCGAGAGCGAAGAAGCCGUCGAAGUGGCCGUCUGGACGCCGCUGGCGCCGGAAGAAGAAACCCCGGAAGUGCAGCUGGAUACAUCCGCCCUGCUGGCUCCCACCAGCUACGCCCGCACCAUUGCCGUCAGCACCCUGCAGACGGAUCUCCUCACGGCCCUCAACGCCUGGCUGCAGGUCCCCAACCGCCCCCUCUCGUUCAUCAAGCAGGUCAUCACCGAGCUGCAGGACUCCACCCUGAUGCUGGCCGACGUCCAGGACCAGGCCGUCCUGCGCGAUGCACGCACCCCGGCCCACCUGGUGUACGGUCCGGCGCAAUGCAUGAACAGCGCCGCCUACAUGUUUGUGCGGGCCGCCCGCAUCCUCACCAGCCUCAACUGCCCCGGCAUGUUGGACGGUCUCCUGCAGGAACUGGAAGCCCACUUUGUCGGCCAGUCCUGGGAACUGAACUGGCGGUUCUCGACCCAUUGCCCGGGGGAGAGCGAGUACCUGGCCAUGGUCGACCAGAAGGCCGGGUCCAGCUUCCGCCUGCUGACGCGUCUCAUGCAGGCCGCCAGCAUGGGCGGGUCCAGCCUCGACUUUGAGCCCUUCGCCAAGGUGCUCGGUCGCCUCUCGCAGAUCCGUCACGAAUACCUGGGUCUGCUGGAUUCCAGUGCCCGCUCCUUUGGCGAGGACCUCGACCAGGGCAAGGUCACGUACCCGAUUGUGCGGGCCUGCAACAUGGACCCGGCCGGACGGGCCAUCAUCUUUGGCAUUUUCCGUCAGAAGCAGGCCGGCGCAGUGCUGCCGAUCGAGAGCAAGCGCCAGAUCGUGGCGCUGGUGCAGGCGACGGGCGCCCUCCAGGCGACGUAUGAUCUGAUCCGGCAGCUGGGCCGCGAAGCGCUGAAUGCGUUGAGCGAGCUGGAGACGGCGGCCGAGGAGGUCAACCCGGCCUUGCGGGCCGUGGUCAAGGCGCUGGGUGAAGUGCCAGCGCCGGAGCAGUUGUAA